GACAUGCCCACGCAAUACGGCAAGACCUGCCCAUGGUACCUGGCCACCCAGCCCAGGCCAUUAUGUACGUACAACGCGGUUCCAACCACCCGGUCCGGCAGGCCUUCAAAUACGCCAAGCUGUUUAUUUCCUCAACGACAACCCCUGAGUCCAGGUCCAGCCGAGCGAGUCUCUGAUAAUUAACUUGUUUGCAUGGCCUCGCUGGGUGACCCUCAGGAACUCUCGAGGGCUGACCGAGGCUUGACCUGAGCACAGCCGCAAGCCACACUCUUGCUCUGCUGUCUUUCAUUCUUGGUGACGCGGUUCCUUCAUGUCAGUGUUUCGUCUCGACUUCAACUCGCCUCGGACCACCCGCCAACCAUACGUCGAAACACCCCCAGCCAGCACCCCCGCCGGCCAGUCACCUACCAGAAUUCCGAUGAUUUGAGCAUUCCAGCAUAGGGAUACAAGUCUCUCCGUUAUGGCAGCAGGGAACGAGGAUGAGGUGCCGGCGACCUCGGCGGCCUCAUCAACCCCGGCGAACAAUGGGCCAGAUUCCCACUCCGCACCUCCCACAGCUGCCCCAGAAACAGCCCCAUCCGCCAUGGCUGUCGAGUACGACGACUUUGGCCUGCCCGUCAGACCACGCCCUCAAGUCGAAUACACAGAGGAGGAACUCGACACGGUCCAGGACAGCACAGACCGCCCGGAACGCCGCACCCGGAGCGCCAGCAGGACUUCGUAUCGCACGAGGCCCAAUGGCAGCAUGCACAGGAAAACAAGCUCCGCCGCAUCCACAAGGUCGCGCAGGAGCGCACAAGAGGUCGCAGAUGAGAGUAGCAGCGGUGACGACGAUUUCAAGGACGCCCAGUCUGCGCCCCAACCCGCCGAAGCUGCCGACUCCGUCGAGAUGCCCAAGACGAAUGGCGCACCGGCAAGCGAUGUCAAGCCAGAGCCAGAGAAAAAAGCUCAACCAGAGCCAAACGCCGCGGACAAGGAUGAUGGCGAGGAGGACACGGGAAAGCAGGAAGCACCAGCGUCUACUACACCGAAGCCUGAGGAAGUGGGAAAAGAGGCGACAAAAGAGAAGGAGACAAACGACAAAACGGCCAACGCUCCGCAUGACGACGCGCCAGAGGGCAAGAGCAAGAGCAAGCGCGAGUCCACUGUAGUCAACACUGCCGAUGCCAGUGGCAUUCAAAUAUCAGAAUACUCUCAUUUGCAGUUGACCACGCAGAAGAAAGAGGAGGAACAGGACGAUGACGGUGGCUGGCAGACGAUGCCGGCAUACGCACCAUACGAUAUAUACGACGACGACAAUAGGCUAAUCGCAAAGGAGCAUAAUGAAGAGGACGAGGACGAAAGUUACAGCUACGCGGGGAUGGGCGGAGCUGGAAAGGGCUACACAAGGGUCCUGGUGGACGAAGAUGCCCAGUCUGCAACAAGCAUGGACGACAAUACCAAUUACUUGUUCAAAAAUGCCGGCGGGACAAGUAUGAUGGACGACGACGAGCAGACGAGGGAUGCCGUCUCACAGAUGCAGGCCACCAAGGACUUACUGACCGAGGGCCAGAAAAUUGCCUACGUUGGCUUGGUGAGGAUAGAGCUUUCCCAGCUGGUCAAGACGCUGGAAACGGCGCCGUGGACCAAGUCGACAAAGAAAGUGGGCCAGCUGGCUACCGAAGCGACCAAAAUGUGGUCUCAGAAGAUCAUGAUUCGCCUCUACACUCAUAUGGAUAUCAGCGCCGCUGAGCAGAUCAUGAUCGAGCAGCUCAGUGAGCACGGGGUCAUCUCGAGCGAUCUGACGCCUCAGCUCAUGGCUAACGCCAGGGUCAAGAAUCCUAUGGCGGAACGCAAGAGCUCAACAUCAAGCUCGCGACCCUCUGUAGCGUCUCCCAGACCUUCCUCGGUCUCGUCACCGAGGUUACCAAGCGAGGAGACGCCGGCAGAACCACCUCCGGCUUACAACAAACACGAAGGCGAGGAGCUGCCUGCAGUGCGGACUCCGAGCCAGCUGCCAACAGGCGAGAAGCUUGACAUUGACAUCCGGUGGACAAUUCUGUGCGAUAUAUUCCUGGUGCUGAUCGCGGACUCAAUAUACGAUGCGAGGUCGAGGGUCCUCCUCGAGAGGAUUGGAAAAGCCCUAGAGGUUGACUGGAUCGAUAUCUGCCGCUUCGAGAGGAAGGUGACGGAGGCCCUCGAGAUGCAGCAACAGGCGGAAAGGGAAAACUGGAACGAAGACGAGCACAUGGAAAGUCGUCGCAAACUGGCCUUGAAGAAGCGCUACAUUGCCAUGGGCCUAGCAACCGUCGGCGGCGGUCUGGUCAUUGGCCUAUCCGCGGGUCUCCUUGCCCCUGUCAUCGGUGCUGGUCUAGCUGCAGGCUUUACAACAAUUGGUGUAACGGGGACGAGCAGUUUCCUCGCUGGAACAGCAGGAGCUGCAAUCAUCACGUCUGGCUCUGCGGCUGCGGGUAGUGUGAUCGGAGCCAAGGCUGCCAACCGGAGAACAGGUGCUGUGAAGACAUUCGAAUACCGACCGCUGCACAACAAUAAGAGGGUCAACCUCAUCGUCACUAUAUCGGGAUGGAUGACAGGUAAAGUGGAUGACGUGCGUCUGCCCUUUAGUACUGUCGACCCGGUGAUGGGUGACAUGUACUCGGUCUUGUGGGAGCCCGAAAUGCUGACCAGCAUGGGUGACACCAUCAACAUCCUGGCCACUGAGGCUCUCACACAAGGCCUGCAGCAAGUGCUCGGCAGUACUAUUCUUGUGAGUUUGAUGGCGGCACUGCAGCUGCCUGUUGUCCUGUCGAAGUUGUCCUACCUGAUCGACAACCCAUGGUCCGUGUCGCUAGAUCGAGCGUGGGCUGCCGGUCUCAUUCUGGCGGACUCGCUGAUUGAGCGAAACCUGGGAACAAGGCCCAUCACUCUUGUGGGCUACUCUCUCGGCGCCAGGGUCAUAUUCUCGUGCCUGCUCGAGCUGUCCCGGAAAGGCGCGUUUGGAAUCGUCCAGAACGUUUACAUGUUUGGUUCACCCCUCGUGGUCAAACAAGAUGAGUGGUUGAGAUGCAGAACCGUGGUGCCGGGCCGAUUUGUCAAUGGGUACCACCGCAACGACUGGAUCCUCGGGUACCUAUUCCGCCUGACGAACGGCGGCAUCCGCACCGUUGCGGGCCUGACCCGCAUCGAGGGCAUCCCGGACCUCGAAAAUGUGGACACGUCGGAGUUUGUCAACGGCCACAUGGACUAUCGUAGGGCUAUGCCGCGUCUGCUUCGAGAGGUGGGCUGGACGGUCGAGAGCGAUGAGUUCACCGAGAUUGAGGACCCGGACCCGGAGAACCACAACCAGAGACAGCGCGAGCUUAUCAACGAGAUCGAGGAGGCGAGGAAGCAGCUUGAAAAGGAUGGGGCGGCGGAAGCCAACAAGAACAGCCGCAAGAGCGGAGCGUUUGGCGGCUUCUUCAGCCGCAAGAAGAAGGCGCAAAAGGCCGAGUGGGAGGUAUAUGAGGAUUCUUCAAAGGCGGCCGCAAAUGGCACCAGCUCCUCGAAGGUGGAAGACAAGGAGGGCAACAACCAUGGAGUACUGUUCGACGUGGACGCGAUCCGGGCGGAGCUGGCCAAGACGCAGGAGGAAGAGACGCUGCAGCCCCGAGAGCUACAGUCGACCCUGCCGCCGAUGAAGCUGCCGAGCCCCGGCCUGGCCUCGAGCACGAGCCCUAGGGGAUCACUGACACACACUACGAGCAUGGACGCGUACUCAGCAUGGGGCGGCUCUUCCAACCAGUCAUCCCCAGAGCAGGUUCGGAGGCCCAGAGACGAUGAGAUCCAGAUGACAUUUGAGACUGGAUUUGAGGACCAUCACCGGCCGCAGCGCAGCCAAACAUUGUCGAGCAGAGGAUCAGACACGGCGUCGAGGCCCGGUCUCAAGCCGGCCCAGACGGUGCCAACGAUACCGACGGCGAACCCCUGGGCGGUGGACCCGGACGACGAUGACUUUGGCAAAGAGAAGGACGAGAUCUCAAUGACUUUUGCCUAGAAGUACAUUAAGGGGGCUCAAGUAUAUUUUCCGGCGGGACAUGACUAGCUGAUGGACUGACUUGAUGGGGGCGUCCACGGGCAUAUUGGUUUCCUGGUAGGCGGCGUUCACAUUUAUCCGCAAAAUGCAUGGAUGUAGUCAAGACGUUCACUGCAAUAUUCUGAAGCUUGGAGCCAAGAUUACUGACGGGGAGCGCGGUCGUGACAGGGACGGACGUGUAGUCUAUCCUGUCCAUAUAAUUCAAGCAUCAAAUGUGCCCCCCCACCCAAUGCGAGGCUUAGAACACCAGAGGCUACACGCAGAUUGGCAACAUGGACCCAACACUGUUUCACCUCUGUACUGACGGGUGCAGGAGAGGAUCUGCAAGCGAGCGGGCCUGAGAAGCGAUACGCCAGAUAAGACCACACAUGACUGGUAAAUCUGGGCCCUGUUGGUGAUUUGCGAAACCAACAGACCAAAGUAAUGAUGUGAGGCCCAUAUUUGUGAGCGCUUACUGGAAACGGGUCGGCGGCCAGAUGGCCUUGGGAGAAAAAAACCAGAAGAAAAAAAACCGUCUAUUCCGCACAACCCUUGCAUUUGGGCGGCAACAUGCUUUGCGUGCAUCAAUGGUACAAAGGGAGCGACAGCUAGAGGCUGUCUGUGCUGUCUAGUAGUACUCCGUACCAUCUUACAUGCACAUGGGUGCCAUUCUGUAAGGCAGGCCAAGCCACAACGUUCAAUUUUAAAAUAGCACGCUCCUCCGAUUGGCCACAAUGGGAUGCAGACAGUCGAUUGCGGUAAUGGCUUGUUUAUUAGACCACCGAUGGGUAGAUUUAGUCUAGCUUGUCUAGAUGCAGUCAUAAGGGAAGCGACCCCUCGUGCAGGUUGCACCACCGAUA